GCGCCUGCGUGCCGCGGGGCGGCAGACCGGAAGCGGCGGCGAAGAACCCGGCGAGGGCAGAGUGGCGCUCUCGCCUUCGCUGCCCGUUCUCCCCCUUCCCGGUGUUUUUCCCCCUUCCCCGGCGCCGCCAUGUUCCUCACACGCUCCGAGUAUGACCGGGGUGUGAACACUUUUUCUCCAGAGGGGAGGCUGUUCCAGGUGGAGUAUGCCAUCGAGGCCAUAAAGCUUGGUUCCACGGCCAUCGGGAUCCAGACCUCGGAGGGCGUCUGCCUGGCCGUGGAGAAGAGGAUCACCUCCCCGCUCAUGGAGCCCAGCAGCAUCGAGAAGAUCGUAGAAAUCGAUUCUCACAUAGGGUGUGCCAUGAGUGGCUUAAUAGCCGAUGCGAAGACUUUAAUUGAUAAAGCAAGAGUGGAGACUCAGAAUCACUGGUUCACCUACAACGAAACCAUGACGGUGGAGAGCGUCACGCAGGCCGUCUCCAACCUGGCGCUGCAGUUUGGGGAGGAGGACGCGGACCCCGGGGCGAUGUCUCGUCCGUUCGGUGUCGCGCUGCUUUUUGGAGGAGUUGAUGAGAAGGGACCCCAGCUGUUUCACAUGGACCCGUCGGGGACCUUUGUUCAGUGCGAUGCCAGAGCGAUCGGCUCCGCCUCGGAAGGCGCACAGAGCUCUCUGCAAGAGGUUUACCAUAAGUCCAUGACGCUGAAAGAAGCCAUCAAAUCUUCCCUCGUCAUCCUGAAACAAGUUAUGGAGGAGAAACUGAACGCAACCAACAUUGAGCUCGCCACGGUGCAGCCCGGCAUGAAGUUCCACAUGUACACGAAAGAGGAGCUCGAAGAGGUCAUCAAGGAUAUUUGAAAAAGGAGAGAGACUCCCUCAAAGGCCUUUUAGUCCUCGGUCUCCGGCUCCUUGGCCUCAAAACAGCAGCUGAGAAUUGAAGAUGGGUCUGAUUAAAGGGAACAAGCCGAGAUUAAUGAAGUAUUUCCCUACGAAAUCGUGCCUGCCGGAGGAGGCCAGCUCGGCCCCGGCCCCUGGCAGCUUGCUCUGUGCCGCCCCGCGAACCUCGGCAGGCUCCGCUCUUCUCCUCCUCUUUUUUUAUUUUUAUUUUGAGAAAUUACAAUUUCCCCCU